UUAAAUCGGGGACACGUGAGCAACCCCGAAGAGCGUCGACGCUGCUGCUGCGGCUAGAGCGGGGCCUCGGCGGGGGGCGCCGAGAGCGUGUCGGCCGCAGCGAGGGCACGAGGACAAGAGGGCGGGAUUCUUCGACGUGGGCGAAUCCCUCCAUCCCACGGGUCCGGACAAAUCCCGUUUUGGCUCAUUUACUCGCGAAGGCGACUUUUGCAACAGGAAUCGACGUGCAAGUUCGUCGCUUCGGGGCUGCAGCCAGUCUGGCAGCCCCGACUUUCCCGACUUGCCUUUCCCACUAUCCGUACUCGCGCUUGCCACACGCUGUUGACCUUGCUCGCGUGCGUGGAUCAGUCCCGCGGGGUCGGUGUUGUUGAUCCACGGAUGGGUUGCUGCCUGUUGUAGCCACAGUAGUCCUCGAAUUUUUCUGUAUCUCGCUUAACAGUCCUUGGCGAAGGAGUUUUGGGUCUUCGUCGAUGUGCUCUGUUGACUUUAGAUUUGUUUACCUAGUUGGGUAGUCAUGUUUGGUGUGCGUGUUGUCUAAUACUGUGCCGGAGUAUAAUAGCGUGUAGGUAGAUAUUACAUGUUGCAUGCGAUUAGUUGAUAUCGUUGUACGAUUUCGUCGUUCCUUUUCGCAUGUUUUCGUUUGGCAUUUUGAAGUGGGUUGGAGUGUAAUGAGCAUUGAAGCCUGGGGUUUCGUUUUCUGUCUCUGCGAUUCGCUGCGGUUGUCGCGUGGGGGCAUUUAGUACCUUAAUUUGCUCGUUUUUUUCUUGUAGCGUAUUGUCUGUGUUUUAGAACAAUUUUUGGGUUUGUGACUGAGGAAUUCUUUCAAGUCAAGGUGCGCAGUUCAAAGCAGGAUGUGUCCUCUACGAGUCAUUCUGCUCUUCCUUUCUGCCAUACUGGCGGGUUACUUAGCCGUGAAGACUGUGAAAGCGCAACAGGAAUCCAGCAUCCUAGACCCAAGUGAAGAGUCGCCGAAGCAAGCAAUCGAGCACAAGGGUCUUUUUGCCGUAGUCUCCGCACGAGCUUCCUCCGCGUUAUCAGUAACGAUCGACAUGCUCAGUGGUCGCUAUCUGUACCAAACUCUCCGCAAGCAAGCGAACGGUGAAGCGGUGGCCGAUCAAUAACACAGUAUAGAGAUCGACCUGCACGGCGAUCGACUGUAAUUCUCACCAAUUCUCUGCUCGCCGUUGGCGUGUCCAUUGAUGGCAGCCCUUUGUAGGCCCUCAUCUUGUAUCUGCAAACCUAUCGACGCAACUGUGAUUCUUCGUAACUCACUAGAAACUACACUGAAUUAUGAGACCCUAAACUCAAACAUUACUCACAAUGAACACUAGUUGACAGAAAAAAACUCCAAUUCAGAAUAACUUAUCCAGAGAAAGCCUUUUGCGUUCAUUAUGAACUUUGUUUAGAAAAAAAACUCAACCCUAACGGUUUCUCUGUGAAAGCUUAGUGGUUUGGAAGCUGUGAAUAAAACAAACUCAAAUCUAGCCAAAGCAACCCUCCAAAUAUACUGGAUCAUGGGAAGCUUGAAAGAAACGUACUUGUAAUUCUAGAAUCACAUGGAAAUAAAACUCGGGCAUGUGUAUGUCUUUGUGUUGUUUGAACAA